UUAUUAUGCAAGAAAGAUACGGACUGAAGCUUUUAUUUUUACUAAUCAUAACUAUCAAUGUCAAUAAUGUAGUCCCUCAGGAAACGAUCCAAUACUCCCCUCAUCAAACGGAUCCCAGACAGAGAACAGUAAUUAUGAGACUAGAACCGUUACCCGACAAACCACCAUUCUUAAGCCAAGCUGUACCACCACGUGCAAUACCGCAGAGUAUCCAAUCUCAAGCUUCAAUCAAAAACGAUCAAUCAGAAUUUAAACCACACGCAUUACCUCAAUCACAACAGCCUAAUAGAAUUGAAGCUCAACAAAAAGUUGAGGGACAAAAAAUCGUGAAUGCCGAAUCGCCCGUGCAGUUUGCGGUGCCAACUGUAGCUGCACAACAACCAGUUAUACCUCCAUUAAAUGCAUUAGGUCAACCAAUUUUAACUCCAAGAGAAGACGCAACACCGCCCCCAGCUCCGCCAAUGAAUAUACCAACUGACGUUCAAAAUCAAUUAAUUAAAUUUCUCGGACUAGAUUCAUUCGGCAUACCUGGACUUACUGGAACCCAUCCUAAAGGCUUUGCCGGUGCAGUAGAGUUGCGAUCGCAAGGAAUCCCUAUUCAAGGACUACCGCUAGAACAUGUCGGAGGUCAACCAAUACAUGCACCUCAAAAUGAUGCUUUGGUUCAAGCAAAUCCAAAAUUUGGAAACGAGUUGAAUUCUCUUCUUGAGGGAUCUCGUGGUCCUUUCAAUCCAUCUGGAGGGAGCGCACCUCUUCCUGAUGCUAAACCAGGAGAUAACGGUCUGAUUGGUCUUUUGAGCAGCUCUGUUCGGAGAUUUGUCAAGGAUUCUGGUGUGGCAGAUGCCUUAUCAAAUACCUUACCAAAUGUGCUCGGCACCAAUCAAAAUGUAGAUGCAAAAGGAUCUCCAGCAUUGACGCAAAAUUCUCAAAGUCUUCUUGUUGGAACAAACGAUUCAACAGUGCAGUCACAAAGUGUUCCGAGUUCAGUAGUUAGACGUCAGCAAUCUCCUGCAGAAAGAGCGUUAGCUGGCUUUGCUUCUGCGCUAGGUGGUGGUAAUUCGAACGGCCCUGCGCAUGCUGGCCUACCGAGGAUACCAGGAAUCCCAAUCCUGCCUGGCGGCAUACCAAGAAAUUCUCAGGGCCAAAUUGAUGUUGUACAACUUAUUGGCUCAAUCACACGAAGAAUUUCGAAUGGUACGACGCUAGCUGAUGUAAUACCACCUGAACAGCUACAAACGCUUGCAGACAAUGUAACCGAUGCUCUGCUACCCGCUACACCAGAAGAUUUUGAUUUGAACAAGUUCAUGGGCAGAUGGUUUGAAGGCAUAAACAGUCCGAGGGCUACUGAGCAACGAUGUGUCGUUCAUCACUAUGGAGGUUUGACAAGAAAUGAGAGAACGGCAACAUUUACCGCGCUGAAAAUAUACCGGGAAGGUAGCGAGUUUGGGCCAGUGAAAUAUUCAAUUGGCUAUGCUUUCCGAGCUGGAAAUAAAGACGCAAUGCUGCAGUUGCACAGUUCAGAAAAUGCAGACGCACAGCCUUUUUGGGUUUACAAACUUGGUCCAGAAGGUAAUGAUCCAUUUGGAAACAAACAAUAUGAAUACGCUAUUGUCAGCAAUUGGGUAAAGUAUCCUGUUACUGUACUGGUUCGUGAUCCUGAUACAUUCAAAGCUAAAUAUGAGGUAGAAGUGCUUCGUUGGCUUGAAGACCAAGGCUUCAUAAAUGGCUUCAUUCGCGCCUUUAAUUUACUUCAACCUGCGUCCUAUGGAAGCUGUCAAUAUGCCGACAACACCUUUGAGCUAUUUGGACGGAAAUAA